AUGGCCCGGAAAGACCUCCAUCUCAGCACCGAAAAACCAAUAAAUGCCCAUCUCUCCGCCUCCCCUCGCCCACUGACCCCUCCUACCCCUUCAUCACCCCGAGUCCUCAUCAUCGGAGCCGGUGUGACAGGCCUCACAACAGCCUGGACUCUCCUGGACCGAGGAUACCAUGUGACCAUUAUAUCGCGCGAGUGGGCCAACAGCAACGAGCGACUCACCUCGCAAGUCGCCGGCGCUCUCUGGGAACUGCCUCCUGCUGGCUGCGGGCCCCAGAUGUACGGCGCGAAGAUCCCCAUGGCGCAGCGGUGGGCUCUCGAGAGUCUCCGCAUAUACCGCACGCUCGCAGACCGCAGGGAACUGGCGCGGGCCUUUGGUGUCCAGAUGCGCAUGUUCACUGCGUUCCACAUGAACCGCGUAGACGAGGAUACCGUGAAGAGCGAUAAAGUGCGGUAUAUACAAGAAGCCGAGCUGGAGGGGUUCUCGCACGGGACGCAGCUGUUGAAGAAGUACGGGGUGAACGCCGACUCGCAUGGCGGGUUAGAAGAUGCAUACGAGCACCUCGCACCUGUAAUCGACACGGACGUGGCCAUGUCGUUCCUGAUGCGCCUGGUCCGACGGAAGGGUGGCCGCAUGGAGACGGAUACAGUGUACGGAGACCUCCUCGACCAGGAAGAACACCUGCUGAAGAUCUACGAGGCGGACGCCAUUGUGAACGCCACGGGUGUGUGGGCCGGCGACACGGCCAACGACGCCUCGGUCUAUCCGCUCCGAGGCGGGCUCCUACGCGUGAUCAACGACGGGACAGACUUCCCCAAGAUCGAGAACAGCAUGGUGGUGUCGUCUCCGACGCGAGAGGACGGGAGUUUCAAGGACAUGGCGUUCCUGGUGCCGCGGAACGACCGGACCCUGCUCCUGGGGUCGAUCUUGCAUCAGGACUCGUGGCAGCUGGAUCUAACGCCGUCGUGCGCGGAGGUCGUGCAGAUGCGUCGCCGGUGCGAGGAUCUCUUGCCGUGUUUGAAGAAUGCGCGCUUGGAUCCGCUGUGUCCGCUGGUGCAGGGACGACGGCCCAUGAGGACGGGCCAUGUGCGCGUGGAGCGCGAGAAGAGGCUGACGCCGCGGACGCGACCGAGUCGGAUUGUGCAUGCGUACGGGCAUGGCGGCGCAGGGUGGUCUCUUGCUUUUGGAUCCGCGAAGGAAGUGACUCGAUUGGUGCAGGAUGUGCUGCAGGUGAAGAAUUGUUGCUGA